AUGCUACGAAAUGGUACUCCUGGAGAGGUGGCCAUCCUUGCUAGAAGCUCAACUGAAGUUACAGACGGGCCGGGUAACUCCCUCGACGACUCACCACGUGGAUCGCCAACUUACUCUACGGAAUCGCUAUUAAAACAUCCUUUUCUCAAUCAUGGCAAUGGCAGUAACAGCAAUAAUAACAAUAACAAUGCGAAAACUGCAAACAAUAACGCUGGCAUUAAUUCGAUAUUUCCCACGAUUGUGAAGACAGAAAACCUGUUGGCCACCAUGAACAAAAAUAACCUUCUGCCCGCAAUGGAUCUGACGGCACUAUCCUCGAAUCAGUGGCUGUCCGCAUGGCUGGCAAACAAUCCUUUCGCACCAAAUCUUGGCCAGCAGACGCUCUCCAGUGCUAAUGCAGAGGCACCGUCAGAAACGAAGCGAUCCGACGUCUCGGAGGAAGUCGACUACGAUGCACUGGAGAUAAAGAUGGAUGAAGAUGAUCUGCACGACGAGGACAUCAAUCAUGAUCCGAGUCCCACUGUGAGGAAUAUCAGCCUAGAUUUUACCUGCAAAACUCUACAUGUGCGAGUGAUCGUAGCGAUUUAG